AUGGCUCAAGGUGCGCGGACCAUGGAGGCGCGAACUGGCAGGACGAAUCAACGCUAUGGACCUCAAGGUGAACGGCUCGUUGCCGGUGUCGUUCCCCUCUCCGAAGAUAAAUAUUACGUCCUCUUGAUUGCGUCCAACAGCCGUCCAGGCUGGGUUCUUCCAAAGGGUGGUUGGGAGACCGACGAAGCAACGGCUGCUGAUGCUGCGUGCCGCGAAGCAUGGGAAGAGGCAGGCAUCGUUUGUACUGUGACCUACGACCUGGGAGCGAUCGGGGAAAAGAGCGGAGCAACUCAGAAGGCCCACUACCACUUCUUCGAGGCGACGGUGCAGAAGCAGGAGGACAACUGGCCUGAGAUGCAUCGCGCUCGGGCGUGGAUGACCUUUUCGCAGGCCGAGACGGCGUUGGCGGACCGACCGGAACUGCUGGAGGCGUUGAGGAAGUGUACGAUGCACCGGUGCUAG